AUGCAGCUCACCAACAUCUUCGUCUCUCUCGUCCUCGCCACUGCCGUCACGGCAAAGGGCCACAAGAAUGGCACUGCCAGCGUCAAGUCCCAGUGCGCCCAGGUAGCCAAGCUCACCAGCCAGGCCGAGCUCGCCACCAACGACACCAGGCUGGCCGACAAGUUUGACAACAACCAGACGGCCAUUGACGCCUUCAAGGCAAAGGUCGCCGACAAGCAGACCCAGCUCGACACCCUGUCGGCCAACAGCACCCUUAUGGAGAGCUGUUCCGUCAUUGCCGCCCACGAGGACGCUCUCGACUCUUGCGACAAGAUCCAGAGCUGGGAGAAGAACAUUGCCACCGCUGCCAACGACACCAAGCUGACUGACAAGUUUGAUGGCAACACCACCAAGGUCGACGCCUUCAAGGCCAAGGCCAGCGACCAGGCCACCAAGCUCGCUGCCCUGACCUCCAACACCACCUUGACCGACUUUUGCUCUGUCCAGUCCACUCUCUCCGACUGCAAGACCAUGUCCAAGUUGCAAAAGGAAGUUGCUUUUGCCAGCAACGCUACUGCUCUGUCUGCCAAGUUUGAUGGCAACCAAACCAAGAUUGACAAGUACACUGCCAAGGCCGCCAAGGUCCAGGCCAAGCUCGAUGCUCUCAUGUCCAACUCGACCUUGAUGAGCACUUGCUCGUCCUUGACUCAAGCUUCCACUGAUGGAACCACCACCUCUGAGAACGCUGCCUCCUCCACCACCGCUGCCUCCGCCGCAGGCAGAGUCGAGGCCGCCAGUGGCUUGAUUGCCGCUGCUGUCCUUGCCAUGUCCGCCGCCUUCUUCCUGUAG